AUGCCAGUUAAGCCUCAAGCCAUGGGCUCUGGAGAAGCUCCGAAGCAGUUCAGUCAACCAUCGAGAAAGGGCAAAAAGGCAUGGCGGAAGAACAUUGAUGUCACGGAGGUCGAACAUGGCCUGGAAGAACUGAAUGAAGAGAUUAUUCGCGGUGGCGUUAUUCGCGAGAAAAGCUCCUCGGAACUCUUCACGAUCGAUUUGAAGGGUGACUCUAAAAUCUCCAAAAAAUUUCCCAAGCACAUAAAAAAGGGUCUCAAGGCCGACGAAAUCCUCGCUCAGCGGUCAGCCGUACCGGCCGUUUCUUUGCGUAAGCGACCUGGAGAGAAAACAAGCGAUAAGACCCUCACUGUCAAGCGACAAAGAACCGAUUGGGUUCCUCACAAGGAACUGCAGCAUCUAAAACGGAUCGCGGAUGGCCACCAUGGAAUCGCUGUUCAGACGUCAGAUGCAACAUAUGACAUGUGGGGAGCGACGCCGAUCACAAUGAAUGAAGCCGUUGAUGAUUACCUGUCGUCUUCAGAGCCCGUCAAGCAACCCAAGUCUCUGAAACAAAAGCCUAUUUCUUUGGCUGCAAGUGGUAAGGCGAUCUCAGCCGUGCAAAAACCCACAGGAGGAUACAGCUACAAUCCUUUGUCCACAGACUAUGAAGCCCGACUCUCAGAGGAGAGCGCCAGGGCUUUGGAUGCCGAGCAGAAAAGAGUCGAGGCCGAACAGGUAGAAAGACGCAAGCAAGAAGCGGCAGCCCGCUCUGCCGCUGAGGCUGAGGCUGCUGAAGAGCGUGCAAACAUGUCCGAAUGGGAGGAGGACUCAGAGUGGGAAGGAUUCCAGAGUGGUGUUGAGGACGAAAGGCCGAGUACCAAGCGACCGCAACGCAAGACCCAAGCCCAGAGGAAUCGCAUAAAACGUCGAAAAGAGGAAGAAAGACUCGCCAGGCACAAGGCUGCGAUGAAACAGAGGAGGACGCAAGAACAGCGAAUCAAAGAGAUCGCAGAUGAAGUUCGGGACCGAGAGCAGAGCAAAGCUCUCCUAACAGUAGAGGAUUCCGAUACCGACAACGAGGUUGAUGAUGAAAAACUCAGGAGACGGCAGCUCGGAAAGUACAAGUUAGCAGAGAAGGACCUUGAGCUAGUCUUGCCAGAUGAGUUGGAAGAGUCCCUACGACGAUUGAAGCCCGAAGGGAAUCUCCUCAAAGAUCGAUAUCGAAGCAUGCUCGUUCGAGGAAAGAUCGAGAGCAGAAGACACAUUCCGUUCAAGAAACAAGCUAAGAGAAAAGUCACAGAAAAAUGGACCCACAAAGAUUUUGUCCUGUGA